AAUUUUUUACUCUAUUUCAUUACUAUUUUUGUAUGUAAAAAUAAGGGAAACGUUACAUUAUAAAAUUAAAAUUAACGUAAGUACUAAGUAACAAAUUAAAAAAUUUCCUAUAUAAAAUAACUGUCAAUUUUCAAUUAAAUAUUAAUUAUCAAUUUCCCAUUUUGCUUCCGAUACAAAUACCACUUCUGGAAUCUUCCUUUUCCACCCUUUUUUUUGUGUAGCGUGACAAUCACGCGCCUUACUUUCCUUUGCCGUCAAUCUAGGCCGUUCAUUUCACUAAUCCCAAGAUCCUCUCCUUUUUCAACUCUAUUCUCAGAUUCAGAUCUUUCAUCCAAAAAAAAAAAAAACAACAUUUCUCACAAUUCAAACAAACUUCUUCUUCUUCUUCUUCAGAUCUAACCCUACAUUCUCGAGUUUCAACUCCAAUGGCGAACCUCAACAGAUUCCGCAGCUUCAACUCCAUCAUACUUCAUCUUCUUCUACUCACAUUCUUCAUCGGAUUCACUCUCUCCACCGCCUCAGAUAUCUCACCAACUCCUCCUCCGGAAAGCGGCGCUGAUUCGCCUACAUCGCCUUCUUCUUCUCCUCCUUCUCCUGUUCCUGCUCCAUCGGCCGAUUCUCCUAACUUUUCAUCACCACCGGCUCCUUCACCGGACACCGCAGAUUCUCCCUCUCAGUCUCCUGUUCCUGCUCCAUCUUCGCCGGUUUCGGAUCAAACUCCUUCUCCUUCUCCGUCUCCGGCAGCGGAUGUCAGCGACAUUAACCAUAAGGACAUGAACGAAGAAUCAGGCGAAUCGAACGAUUCAUCAGGAGAUGGAAUGAGCGGUGGAAAGAAAGUCGGUGUUGCGUUUGGAGUAAUCGCAGCCGUUUGUUUGGUUGGAUUGGGAGGAUUCGUUUACAAAAGACGUCAGGAUAACAUUCGCCGAUCUCAAUACGGUUACGCAGCGAGAAGAGAAAUGCUCUGAACAGAUUCAUUCUUUCGAGGUUACUUGAUAUUUUUUUUUUUUUUUUCAAAUUUACAGCCAUUAUCGUCUCUUAUUUCUUCUGUAUGUUUUCUUUGAUUUGAUCAUAUUUUGGAAUUGAUUGAUUCAAUUCUCGAUUAUUCUUGAUAUUUUUUUUUAGUUUCUUUUAAGAUUCUUAAAUCAUCAUAUGAUUCUUGAGAUACUAGUUAGUAAUCGAUCCAUGUAUUCUUGUUCAUACUAGAAUAUUUUUAGUAUUAUUAAAUAAUAAAUUUGUUUUUUUU